CAAAUUGAAUAUUGACAACUGACAACUGACAAGAUAUACUGUUUUAAUUAGCCAGUACAGUCGUUAUCAUAGAGUGCACAAAAAAACUUAAAAAAGCGAUAGUUUCAAAUUCUUAUUCAUUUGUUGCUUAUACUUUCAAACUAGUAACUUUAUAGCUUUAACUUUUUAUUAUGAAUAGUAUAGGCGAUUUUGGAUACUGUUAACAAAAAAAUCAAAAUGACCCAAAGGUCUCAGAAUGUAUCAAUUUCAUGUUCCAAAGAAGCAGUGAAUGGAUGUGUAAGAUAUAUACUUUGCCGCGAAGGUAGCAAAAUACCCAUAAAGAGGUCUGAUAUUAUAAAUCAUGUCAGCGAAACCUGCAAUGUUACAAAACAAAAUGCUAUUAAUGUUUUUAAUGCCGCUCAAAAGGAGUUAAAAAAGGUUUAUGGUUAUAAAAUUGUGGAAUUAAAAUUAAAAGAUGCCAUACAAUGUAUAAUAGUCUUAGACAAACCAGAAAAAUCUUUAUUGUCUUCAUCUACCAAUCCUUACCAUCGGAGACUGCUGAUUGCAGCCCUAACACACAUUUUUAUGUCAAGUGGACCUGUCCCUGAAGAUGAUAUGUGGAAAUUCUUAGCAGAAGCAUAUGUCUUGGAAGAGAACGACUACAACCAAAGGAAAAUUGUGACAAAUGUGUUCACAAAGCAAUUGUAUUUGAAUCAUUACAAGGAAGGUGAGGGUGAAUUAGCAAAACUUGUGUUUGACUGGGGACCCAGAGCACAUAUCGAACUACCAAAAAUGUUUCUACUAAAUAAAGUUGCCAGUGCCCUGGAAAAAGAUCCACAGCAUUGGUCCGAACAAUACAAAAUAGCGGCCAGUGAUAACAGUAAUCAAGAAACAAUUUAAAUAGUUGUAUUUUUGUUCUUGCAACAUAUAAUAAAUUGUUUUUUUUUAUAA